AUGGAUAUUGCAGUGAAAGAACAGGACUAUUCAAAUGGAUUUAUAAAAAACCAAGCAGCUUUUGAAAACCUGAAAUUCAGCCAUAUAAAAAAUUUUAAAGCCCAGAAAAGAUUUCAGAUUCUUUAUUUUAUCCUUUUUGUUCUUGUGACAGGGAUAUUUUUCUUUUUCCUAAUUAGCACAUAUUUCUUCACACCAAAUUAUAGAAUUAAUAAAAUAGUUCAGAAUACAGAACACUUAACUUUAGCUUUUAAAAUUGAGAGACCAUAUGACAAAAUUUUAAAUAGCGUAUCCAAGAAAAAUUUAAAAAAUUACAUAAAAGAAACAUUUAACUUUUUUAAAUCUGGAUAUGUAAAACAAAAUUAUUUAGGAAGUGAAAAUGAUGUCAUCGAAUUAGAUGAUGUAGCAAAUAUUAUGUUUUAUGGUGAAGGAGAAAUUGGAGAUAAUCAUCAAAAAUUUAUGCUUAUAUUUGACACUGGUUCAGCCAAUUUGUGGGUACCAAGUAAAAAAUGUACUACUAGCGGAUGUAGUGUAAAACACCUUUACGAUUCUAGUAAAUCUAAAUCAUAUGAAAAAGAUGGAACUAAAGUUGACAUAACAUAUGGAUCAGGUACUGUGAAAGGAUUUUUUAGCAAAGAUUUAGUAUCUCUUGGAUAUUUAUCAUUACCAUAUAAAUUUAUAGAAGUAACAGAUACAGAUGGUUUAGAACCCAUUUAUAGUAGCGUAGAAUUUGAUGGAAUAUUAGGUUUAGGAUGGAAAGAUUUAUCUAUUGGUUCAAUAGAUCCUAUUGUUGUAGAAUUAAAAAAUCAGAAUAAAAUUGACAAUGCAUUGUUUACCUUCUACUUACCUGUGCACGAUGUUCAUGCUGGUUAUUUAACGAUAGGUGGAAUUGAAGACAAAUUUUACGAAGGUAGUAUUACAUAUGAAAAAUUAAAUCAUGAUUUAUACUGGCAAAUAAAUUUAGAUGUACACUUUGGAAAACAAGUAAUGGAAAAAGCAAACGUUAUUGUUGACAGUGGUACAACAACUAUUACAGCACCAUCCACAUUCCUUAAUAAAUUCUUUGCAAAUUUAAACGUUAUUAAAGUUCCUUUCCUUCCAUUUUAUAUAACAAUUUGUGAUAACGACGAAAUGCCAACCUUAGAAUUUAAAUCAGGCAAUAAUACAUACACACUAGAACCAGAAUAUUAUAUGAACCCUUUACUUGACAUUGAUGACACCCUAUGUAUGAUUACCAUGUUACCAGUUGACAUUGACGCAAAUACUUUUAUUUUGGGAGAUCCCUUCAUGAGAAAAUACUUCACUGUUUUUGAUUAUGAUAAGGCAAGUGUCGGUUUUGCCAUAGCUAAAAAUUGA